ACCCACAGCUGUGAGAGGUCCUGGUCGCUAGCUGGAAGCAAGCGACGUCCUCUCGAGGGGUGCCUCGCGUCUAAAACAGACCGACACGUCAGGCGGUGUGGGAGAAAACGGGUUUCCGCGUAACUUGUGUGCUUAAACUUCAGCAUGCUGGGAAGUAGCAUCGGUCUGGGGCUAGCCGCUGAUGCUAGCUGGUCAGCUGGACCAGGAGCAGGUGUCUGUUGUUGCUAGGUUGCUAACGCCAGCGUUGCCCCUUUACGAUGCCUGAGCCAUUCUUGGCUAAUGUUACGGGCAUAUUGCGCCAUGCAGACCCCUGAGACAGGCGCUGACUCCACCUCCACAGUCCCUCUUCAGACCACCGUGCCUGUCCAGCCUACCGGCUCCACCCAGCAGGGGCCUGUCCAGCAACAGGCCCAGACUGUUCAACAGGUUCAGCAUGUUUACCCAGCACAGGUGCAGUAUGUGGAGGAAAACAGUAGCGUCUACACUAAUGGCAACAUAAGAACCUACUCGUACUCAGAGCCGCAGCUGUACAGCCAGAACAGUGGCGGGAACUACUUUGACACGCAGAGCAGCUCAUCACAAGUUUCCACUGUGGUGACAUCUCAUGGCAUGACCAACAAUGGAGGAGGGGGCAGUGGAGGAAUGAGCAUGAAUCUGGCAGGGGGUCAGGUAAUCAGCACCAGUCCUGGGGCUUACAUCAUGGACAACGCUGCACCCCACCCUGUCAGCCAGACGGCACGAGCCUCCCCGGCCACAAUUGAAAUGGCGAUUGAGACUCUUCAAAAAUCUGAGGGUUUAUCCAGUCAGAGAAGCUCGCUGCUCAACAGCCAUCUCCAGUGGCUGUUGGACAAUUAUGAGACAGCAGAGGGCGUAAGUCUACCACGAUCCACCCUCUACAAUCAUUACCUGCGCCACUGCCAGGAGCAGAAACUGGACCCUGUAAAUGCAGCCUCUUUUGGUAAACUUAUCCGCUCCAUCUUCAUGGGACUCCGUACAAGGCGCCUAGGGACAAGAGGGAACUCCAAAUACCAUUACUAUGGUAUACGUGUGAAACCAGACUCGCCACUCAAUAGACUCCAAGAAGACAUGCAGUAUAUGGCACUCAGACAGCAACCUGUUCAGCAAAAACAGAGGUUCAAGCCGGUGCAGAAGUUUGAUGGCUGCUCCGGGGAGAAUUACUCAAGUGGAGGCCAGCACCUUCCUGGUGCAGAAGAGCAGACAGUCAUUGCACAGAGUCAACACCACCAGCAGUUCCUUGAUGCGUCGCGGGCACUCCCUGACUUUGUAGAGCUGGACCUGGGACCGAGCAAUACAGAGAACAUCAGCCCAGAGGAUGUGAAAGCUCUCCAGUCCCUUUACAGAGAGCACUGUGAGGCUAUCCUGGAUGUGGUUGUCAACCUCCAGUUCAGUCUAAUUGAGAAGUUGUGGCAGACAUUUUGGCGUUAUUCUCCCCCUGACUCUGUAGAGGGUGCCACUCUAACAGAAAACAGCAGCUUAAGUGAGAUUGAAGCACGGCUUCCCCGUUCACAGCUACUGGAACUGUGCAGGAACGAGACUGUGCUCAAAUGGAUGAGUACCUGUGACCAUCUAAUGUACCAGGCUCUUGUGGAGAUCCUCAUCCCUGAUGUCCUGAGACCCAUUCCCAGUGCCUUGACUCAAGCCAUUCGCAACUUUGCCAAAAGCCUGGAAGGUUGGCUCAAUAAUGCCAUGAAUGCCAUUCCCCAGAGAAUGAUCCAGACCAAGAUUGCCGCUGUUAGUGCCUUUGCGCAAACACUGCGCAGAUACACAUCUCUGAACCACCUGGCUCAGGCGGCACGUGCUGUUUUGCAAAACACGUCACAGAUUAACCAGAUGCUGAGCGAUCUCAACCGUGUUGACUUUGCCAACGUACAGGAGCAGGCAUCAUGGGUGUGCCAGUGUGAGGAGGGAGUUGUUCAGCACUUGGAGCAGGACUUCAAGGCCACGCUACAGCAGCAAAGCUCUCUGGAGCAGUGGGCAGCUUGGCUGGAGAAUGUGGUCACUCAGGUGCUCAAGCCUUAUGAGCACCGGUCCAGCUUCCCCAGGGCAGCUCGACAGUUCCUGCUCAAGUGGUCCUUCUACAGUUCUAUGGUGAUCAGGGACCUGACCCUUCGCAGUGCUGCCAGCUUUGGUUCCUUCCACCUGAUUCGCCUGCUGUACGAUGAGUACAUGUUUUACCUUGUGGAGCAUCGUGUGGCUCAAGCUACUGGAGAGACGCCCAUUGGUGUCAUGGGGGAGUUCGACAGCCUCAACACGCUGUCCCUCUCUAACAUGGAUAGAGAUGAAACCAGUGGGAUGGACAGUGACUUGGAUGACGACAUAGAGGAGACGGGGGAACCUCUUGCAAAGCGAGAAAAGUCGGAGCACGAGGUGAUCCAGGUGAUCCAGGUCGGGGCACUCGAGGACGGGUCCCACCCUGUAGUGGGGGUCGUCCAGCCAGGUGUCCUCCACUCGCUGCCCCAGCCCCAGCAGGACCACACUGAACACAUUCUAACCCCUUCUGCCGCUACUCCCACCAUCCGCCACUGCAGCGCCACAGGCAACACCUACGCCUCCGUUUGAGGGUCCGAGGGCACGUCCGACCUUUGUUUGGCCUGUUUUGCUGUCUCACUCUCCACAUAUCUUUCUCUCUGUAAGUCUAGAUGUUUCCGUCUUUUCCAUGCAUCGUCUCUGUCUGCACUUGUGCGGACAUGCUCUCCUCUCCAUAUCUGUACCCGUCAGUUGGGGAGUGCUGAAAUGAUGAUGCUCCGGCUAAGAUGUGCUGUCCGUGUCCGACUGCUUAGAUUCUGGAUGUGGUGUCGGCCCGUACAGGUGUGCUCUAUCGCAAUGCGGCACAUGGAGGAGGACUAAUUUGACCCGUUAAAUGUUUCCUGCCUUGGCAUGACUCAAGGCCUCUGUCUAAACAGACGGGUUUUGUCUUGAAGGAAAAUUCCACUCUUUCAAAGUACUGAUGUCUCAGAGCUCAAAUCCAUGUCACCAGUCCCAGUGGUGGAAAGUCAUCGAUUGACUCAAGACCUUCACCUAUUGUAAAUAGUUUUGCUGUACUUUCAAUUGGUAUUACCCAAAAACUCAUGGUGCUAUCAUUGUGUUUUGUUUUCAAUUUGAUUUCCAUUUAUCCCUCCUAAUUUUAGCAUGAUUUAUGUCCACAUGCAUUCCAACUGCUGAUAAACAUUUGGCUGAACAAAAUAUUUUGAGUAUUGUAUGUAGCUAAAGAAAUAAAGGGAGGACGUUCUAUGUAUGCGUGGCAAGGAUCAUGGGGCAGUUUUUUGAAAUUCAUAUGGUAGCCACCCACUGACAACCACUUCUAGAUUUUAGCCACAGAAAAAGAACCCCCUAAAGAAGUAUCUGUGCUGCUACUUGUGUAUAUAGAAAUGAGAUUGAGAAGACCAGCUGUACAGAACCACUUCCUCAAUGCUAGCUUUUCUAUGCACUCUGUGCAUAACGCUUGCCUUUCAUCAUUGUAGAUGCUCUGUAGUGUCGUUUACAUGACCAGCUAAACAAUUUACUGGACAUGUUCCCCUGUUUGUUUGUUUGUUUGUUUGUUGUUUUUUUUGGUUGCAGUUUUUGUCUUAACGAAAUCUCUUAAGUUCACAAAGGACCAAAAACAAACCAACAAGAGGAUGCUGAGAGGGAGCCACUUGGGCCCACCCAAGAGCUGUCUCCUGUCCCACAGUGCCAUGUCGCGGAGCAGAAGGAAUGUCAGGGAUUUAAUGUACCUCGGCUUUAUCAUAGUGCCUUAUCCUUAAAUGCAGCUGUCCUUGUAGUCCUGACUGUGUGCUGCAGAGAGCCCACAGCCCCCCUCUGCAUUGUCCCAGCCACACAUUUGGCUUUCUGGUGACUGGUGGCUGGAUUUGGGCUGGCUCAUCAGUGUUGAGACCAAGGAAUACAGGCACAGACACACCUGUUGUUUUCUCUGGAUCAGCUCUACUAAGCUUAUUACUUAUCUGAAUCAUGGUCUUUAGCCUUGCUCCUGCUCUCACUCUGCCCUCUUGAGGCGUACUCUUGCAUUAGCCUUUGUUAUCGGGUGAAGUGUGUGUGUUUGUUUGUUUGUUUGUUUGUAUGCGUGUAUGUGUGUCGACAUGAAUGCAUAGGUCUGCACUGUGUUUUUAUGUGCACGUGUACACGUGUGUGUAUAUAAGCCUGUGUGUCUGCGUGCUUGUGUGUAUGUGUUGAAACACAUCCAUCAGUCACCCUACCUCAAACCAGUGGUGCCAGCCCUUUGACGCGUGCAGCACAGUCACCAAACCUUAUUGCACACACACCACUGUACUGCACAAAUCUCAACGCGAUAGAGAAAAACGGCAUUGCUUUUCUCUCACCUCUGAUACAUUUCCAUUUCAGUUUUUAGCCCAUAAAUGCUUUCAUCCUUUGUUCCCUGUUUAAAGUUCAUGUUUGUACAGUGGACCAAAAGUAGAUAUUUUGUGAUAUUCAAAGAGAUAUAUAUAGAUAUAUAUAGAUAUAUAUAUGUGUAUAGUAUAUAUAAUGAUGAUACACUACAGAUAUUUGUUGCUUUAUAUGUGAUUGUUUCUUUUCGUAGCUUUUCUGUAAGUAGUUCAUAGACUGUGAAAUGGGAAAGACAUGGGGACUAACUUCUGAUUCAUUCGACUACAUCUAUACUUGAACUGUUCUAACAUUAUAUGUUGUGGAGAUUAUUGAGAUUAAUCCUCUAAAUAGGAACAAUUUGUUACUAAAAUGAUUUUUCUUGGGUUUUUUUCAUGCUUGUUUAAAUGGUCUGCACGAUUGUUUUCGGCAGAAGUGUUUAUUUAUUGAUAUUUAUUGUGUUUUGGUUUAGAUGCUCACUCAUUACACCAUAUUCUAAUGGGUACUGGUGAUGAAUCAUGAAUUAUACCACUGCAAAUGGCAGACCUACUGUAAAGGAGGACCAUGACUUGUUUUUCUUUCAUGUAUGUAGGUUUAUUAAGGUGGAGAAAAGAAGAAGAAAAAAAAGGGAUGGCACUGUAUUUUCUGUAAUCACUUGUUGUAGGCGCCAUCACUAGUUAAUGAUUCCUUCUUCAGAUACGAGAGGUCCACAGGAAAUGUUUUCUUUGUGCCUGCGUAGCAGUAACGGAGGCUGGGAGAGCAAGUACUGCAUGCCAUUUAGGUUUCUGGGUCAGUGGAAUCUCACAGAUGUUUGGUUAAAUCAUUUCCAUGACACUUCGGGGGAGAUCGGAAAUGUUAACCCCGAGUCCGCUGACUUGAAAUGUCUGGCUUACCAGAUCUUGGAAUUGAGCGCACACAAAUCUGGCUUUUCGAUUUAUAUUUAAGAACAGUUUGAAAAGGUCAAUGAACUUCAAGUAGCUGGAAGUCGGAGGCCUGUAGCAUUUUGUUUACAUCCGUCCGUGACCAUAAUGAAUUUGUUCUCCGACUUCUGGUUUUAAUCUGUUGAAUGCAAGUUGGGAGAACACAGAAAAGUGAAAAUGUCCAAAACAAAAAUGAAUGCAGCCAGAAACUUGAGCCCUAGUUCAUCUCUUGUACAGAACUUUCUCCAGAGCUGCAUUUAAAUCUGUGUUCUCAUAACUGUGACAAAAUGAAGUCUAUUCCCAAAAGCUCAAUCAGCUGACCCCAACAUGCACAUGGAUCUUUGUGACCGACGUUAUAAAAAGUGAUGGCCUUCGGCCGGCGUCAAUUUUCAGAUGAUGUUCUAAAUCUGGAAAUUGUAUAACAAUUAUGAAUGAAAGUUGUGCAGGAUGAUGCUUUGUCAUUUUUACCUUUCUCUCACUGAAUGAUUUUAUUUAAUUUUCUCCCAACAUGAAUCUCAGCUCCCUUGUCAUAUAAAUCAAGUACAACAUUGUAGAUGUAAACUUGUAUUAUUUUGUGCCUGAAGUGAAAACGGCUUAUACAAUGUCUUUCUUUAACUCUUAAUUGUGUGCUUUAGGGUCAUCAAGUGCUUUCUGGUCUUGCACGCCUACCAUGUGCUGCUAGAAAUAGUUUUUUUUGUGUUUCAUUUUUGGUCGUUCCAUUUUAUUAUACAUAGACUUAUGUGCCAGACAGUGAUUUUUUUCGCUUUCCGCAUCUCAAAAUCUGCCCGGUUUAACACUGGACUGAUGCUAAUGCUGCCAACACAAUUGUACUUUUACUUACUUCUCAGUGUCUUUGGAAUUGAGAAAAGAUUGUUUCUGUAACGGCUGUUUUUGAAAGAGGGGGGGGGGGGGGAAAAAGAAAGACAUAAGCUAUUCCUUAACUUGUCAUAGGAGCGAAAGCUUGAGAGUUGCCUCUUCACCUGGACGACACGGCAGCUUCACUGACCCAGAGCAGACUCCAGUGCCUUUAAUUUCGCCCCGGCCAGAGCAGAUGGCCCGGGUGACUAUUGGGUCUCUGGUGGGUGGUGGUGGUGAGGGAGGCUGAGCAGACUUUUUCAUUGCACAGGUGCUGCCACUGAGGGGACACCAGGGAAGCAUAAAGACCUGUCUUCAGAUUGGACUAUUUAUUAGCUGGAUGUGACUCCAUAGACACACACACACACACACACACACACUUUUAGUAGUUUACACGUGGUAGAUUACCUUCAGACGGCUUUUUAUUGUACAGAACUGGUUCAUGAACAAGGUGAGUUACUGUAAGUAAAAUGCUCUUAUGAAUUGUUUUUUCUCAUGAUCGUGAUUUCUUUUGUCAAAUGAUAUUUUUCUGAAUGCUGUGACCCGUUUGAGAUUUGUAUUUGGAUGUUUUCAAGUGCCAUUUGACAGUCUAGUGAGUCGUGGCCAUCUGUAGCACGCUCUAAUGCAAGCACAAGCAUUUGGCAGUGGCAUUUGGGGAAGGUUUUUUUUGUGUUCACCCUGGACAAAUAUGUAUAUAUCAAAAAUCUGAAAAAAAAGGUAUAUUUAUUUGUGUCUUAAUUAUUUGAUUUAUUCUUUUGGUGAACAUCCUAUAUGUUGGCUGAAGUGCUUUCUUUCUCUUUUUUUGGAUAAUGUAUAAUAUCUGAUAUAAUAUAUACACACAAAUUUCAUGUGACUUUCUUUUUGUGUGCAAUUUAAGUUACUUCUCAAAUUGACAAACGAACCAAUGCGUGUAGGGUGAUUUGUAUCGUGUAUUUUACAUACAAAAAAACGAGGACAAUUGGGGGACUUUUAUAUUUAUAAAGACAUUAUCAUUUAGUGUGUCGUAUUGAUGAAUAUAGAAACUAUUAAAGACACAUGUAGUUUGGUUUUCUGAAUAUUUCAGAUCUCAGCUCAGGCUAGCUUCUUAGUGUUGUUUUCUUAAAAUUUGUGACUCGUCUUUGCAGUAAUAAACGUUUUCUUGUUCAA